AUGCGCAUGAAGGCUCUGUUGGUUUUCUGCAUCCCUGUCACGCGUUGGGUUCAUGACCUGCAAGUCUCCGAAGAUCAUUCUGUUACCGGUUCGAGGGGAGCUCACCGGAAUGGUGGAAGUCUGCAGCAUGAACGGAACGUAAAGAAGUUGCUUUUAAAAGUAACCAAGCAAGAACCUGAUUCAAGCAUACUUGAGUUUGUAUCCUCUUUGGUAUUGUUCUUUUUUCCUUGUGUUGACAAUAGAAGCCCAUUUUAUUUCACUAACCUAUUCCUAAGUUAUUAUGCAAGAGGAGAUGGUGAAAAUGCAAUGUGGUACAUCAGUGGAACCAGACUUGAUGAUAGGAUCAUAAGGACAGACGGGGAUGCAGGAUUUAAGGAGGGUAGACAGUAUGGUCGUGGAAGAUCAGGGGGCCAGGUCCGAGGUGAAUAUCGGCAAGACUAUGAUGCUGGAAGAGGUGGCUAUGGCAAAACUGUUCAAUGCCAGUGAAUAGUGAAUAACUCAUCAGCCUCACGGGAGAACUAAAUCUGCAUUGUAAAUGUCACCAGGCACAACAUAGGUCUGUUGCACACAAUUUAUGUGGCUAGAAAUUCACAGAAGCUACUAUCCCUGUUCCUGAGAUCACAUAGUAUGUUCAAUAACUCUUCUGUUUUAAUCCCAGGAUCCAAAGCAUUGCAGAGUACCUUAGUACAGAGGACCUGGGAGUGAGGUUAUAAGCAGUAGUGUGCAUGAGGCUUUGGUCUCUAAAUGCUGCUGUAACUCUACCGAAAGGAACAAAGCUUUAACACUAUGGUGCUUUGUUUCACUGGCGAAAACUUGAUUAUUCUAUCACUGGGUUUUGUUUACAUUAGUAUCACAGGGUGGAGAGCCACAAUAAAGAACGAUUGGUGUAUGCUUCAGAGAGGAAAGAAAAAGGCAAAGAGCCUGAAAAGGACAUGGAUUUUCUAGAGAUUUUUUUCAAUUUUUAGGGAAGAUUUAAAGUUGCACAUUUUCUGGGGUCACUGGAUUGCAUCCUUUUACACUGGUGCUGUUCCUAGCACACCUGCGUGGAUGGCCAAGAUAAAACAAGUCAGACUGAUGAGCCCAGGAAUCACAAAGCCUAGCAGAGAGCAGGAAACAGACCCUUGCAGUCUUCUACAGAGUAUAAUGCGGUUGCAAGACUUGGCAUGAUUCAGAGCCAUUUUGCUUUGUGGCAUACAGAGAACAGUAAGUGUAAGAAUUACAGUUGCAGUUGUUUUCACAGUUGCAGUAAUAUCAUUCUGCUCCUGUCGGGGAGCUCUCUACAGCCUUAAUAUUUGGGAAACAGUAGCUUUCCUGUGCCUACAAGUGUUGCAUGAAGCCAAGCUAUACAGUUACUUCCAAGAAUGGGAUGUUUGAGGAACUGUGUGUAUAAUGAGAAAGUUUGUUCUCAAAAUAGAUUCACUAUCUGAGAAACCUGAUUUCUGACAAAGGUAAAAGUAAAAAGAGAUGGGUUUUAGGAGUAGCUUUACUUUCUACUGAGCAUGUGGUAAGAAUGGUAAAAGAAUUGCAGGACUGUACAGAUCCCCCUCCCCGUCCUAUGAAUACUGCUAGGUUAUACGAUGGGAUUUUGAUGUACUGCAGCCAUAAUAAUGAAAAUAAUUAGUGAUCCCAGAAUCUGCAAAAUUGACCUGCUGAAAUGAAAUAGUUUAAAAGGAACUGUUACAGGGAUUUGGAUUAUUUUAAAUGGACUUCUGAGUUCUUUAGAAAUGGUAAUUUGUAAAGUUUUGUCCAAAUACCUUGUUGUCCAUGACUCCUUAAAAAGCUUUAAAAUACCGGGUAUGUGAAAGUUGAUCUUUACUCACUGAAGAUACUGUUGGGUAUCUUGAUGUGUUUCCUGUGUACAGUUAGUCACAACUAUUACUGUAAAUUUGAAAUACAGUGAGGUAGAACAACUGCAAUGAGAAUUUGCUUAGUUAGGAAACAAGGAUUUGAGUGGACUUUGUUUUUUUUAGAGUAAAUCUAGCUUUUCAGGUUCACUAGGUGUGGUCUGCAUCAAUACUUUGAACAAAGUUACCUUUUUCUAUGUAGUACAUUUGAUUAUGAGUUUACAGCCUGUAAUCUGCUCUAGGAAACCUCUGAAGUUUAUUUUUCAUUGUAUUGAUUUUGUAUAAAAAAUGGUGUUACCAAAAUUCUAAGUCAUUUUCAAAUAAAGCUGCAACAUCAA